AUGGCUGCCAUGACCGAAACGCCUGCGACGGGCCUCGUCAACCUAGAGAAAGAGCUCGUCUGCUUCAUCUGCACCGAGAUCCUCUACCAGCCUCGCACACUGCUCGAUUGCCUACACACAUUCUGCGGCUCUUGCCUGAAAGAAUGGUUCUCCCACCAGCACCGAAAGGCUGCGCAUACCCAUCCACCGCCCGCGAACCCAUAUACCUGUCCGACCUGCCGUGCUUCCGUCAAGGAUGUCCAGCGCAAUGCCACGAUCAACACAUUCCUGGAAAUGUUUCUCGCUGCAAACCCUGGGAAGGACAGGACGGCGGAGGAAAAGACGGAGAUGGCGCAGAUCUACAAGCCGGGCGAUGAGAUUCUGCCAAAGGGAGAGGGCCAUCGCAGGAGGGAGAGAAAGAGGCGCGAAGAGGAGGCACGUGGCACUGGCAGGGUCCCAACGGAAGGAGCCAGCAGACGAGAGCAGCACUUGGACCCAGCCUCGGCCCAUCGCAGACGGCACACAACUGAAGAAAGCAGCAGAAGCCGCGAGAGAAGAGAGGCUAGGGAUCGGCAAGGAGAUGAGGAGCGGCAGUCUUCAGAUGCUGAUGGCUCCUCACGACGGACGCGAGCGUCUUCGAGUUCGGCCGACCUCGCCCUCCUGUCUCCCCCACCUACUUCACCGCGUCAUCCUGAUGCUGUUGAAGCGCGGCAGAGGGGAGCCCGGACGGUCGCCCACCAAGCGAGUCUGAUAUCCCUGGUCAGCGCUUCGGAGAGUGGAACCGGCACCGGGGAAAGUCUGAACGAAGCAGAGCUCAUGCAAGAGAUACUGGACGCGGGCCUCCUAGAUGGCAUCAAUGUUGACGAAUUGACAGAACAAGAGCAAGAUGAGCUCAGCGAGAUCAUCGCCCAGAGGUAUAGGGAACUGCAUGCGGAACGCAGCAGAAGAGCAGAAGCUGGUGACGGUAACGGCAGUGUAAGCGCUCCCGCACGACCUGCAGAGCCGCAGCCUGAGGAAGCCGAGCGUCGUUCUCGUCGUUCUUCAAGGGGCAGCAAUCGAGACCGUGCGCCCCCAAGUCCAAGGACGAGUCACGGUAUAGUCAUUGGCGGUUCCGAGGGAAGACCUCCAACAUCGUUUCUUCAAUCGACAGCCGAUCAGUCGUUGACUCUACCUCAGCCCUCAGCUCACCGGCGACGGACGUCCAACGAGAGCAGGCGCAGUGAUUCAUCUGUCGCGAGAGCCGACCGCGAGCCUGUCCCUCAUCCUGCCGUCAGGUCUGCCACAGAUCUCUCCAAUAGGCCUCAAUCGCGUAGCAACGCUGCGAACCGCGCACAGCACCAUUCACACGCACACAGAGCGAAUACAGAGCCAAGGACUCCACCAAGGGCUUCCGAAGUGUGGCAAGCCGCUGGUAGCCGACAACCAUCGAGCCCUGCUCGUGUCGAGUCCCCUGGGCAACAGUCGCCAAGGGUAGAUUCUACUCCACCGGUCAUGUCCAGCGUGACCACCGGACCAGUACCUACCGUGAUACCCACCUCGGACUCUGCAGCUUCCGCGCCAGAAGUGACCGCGUCAAAUGUGGCCACCGUCUCGAGCAGGUCUGAAGAACCUGAUGUUGUAUCUGGCCGCGGAUGCAACCACUGGUUUGGGUUCGGCGAUGCAGCCAUGCGCAAAUUCAAUGCAUCCCGUCCGCCAAGCAGGCACAAUCAACCUGCUGAACUUCCACAUAUACUGGUCGGGCGACAGUAUCUAAGGCCUCCGACACAAAACAGAAGGCAUGCCGCUUCAGAUCCCGCAGCCCGCCUACGAGAAGGCAACUUCUGUGAUCGAUGCGGACGCUUUGCCAACGAUUACUUCUGGACCUGCGACGUCUGCAACGAGGGCGAAUGGGGAUUUUGCAAUGACUGUGUGAACACUAACCACUGCUGUAACCAUGCUCUCCUGCCGGUUGCCCGUAUAUCAAAUGAUCCAAACGACCCAGGCUUGCAAGCGGGCGGAGCAGCCCUACGUCCCGGGAACGCCACGUUGAGCACCUACAGUAGUGGAAGACGUGACCCGUCUCCGGCCCAGAGCGUGGCCUCAAGUUGUACUUCGGCAACUGGACCUUACUCCGGCCUACGAGCUGAUUUCAGACCAUUGGUCAUUACCACGAACUGUGACGUCUGCUCUCGGUCAAUCUCGCCGGAGGAGACCCGAUUCCACUGUCCAACACAUUCCACACCGUCUCCAGACGACCCAAGUCUCAAAGGUGACUAUGAUAUCUGUGGUAGCUGCUACGCUCGCGACGUGGCGGCUGGGCGGAUAAAGCGCGAAGAUGGGCCAGACGGUUGGCGCCUCUGUCCGAAAGGCCACCGCAUGGUCACCGUUGUGUUCGAGCGAGAUGUCGAGGGCAAUCAAAGAAGAGCGAUCGUGCGGGACAUUGUCGGCGGUGUCAAGUUGACCGACGACGACAUGGCGGCUUGGAAGCUUGCUAUGAGUAACAUUCACCGAACUGAUCCCUUGGCGUUAUCGGCUGUUCGGGGUGAAUGGAGCUGGCGGGAGGACGAAGCUGGUACUCGGCGCACGACUCGAGCUCGGACGGCCACUCUGCCUCAAUCAGGCGUGAAGAUUCCUCCCGACGGCGGCUCAGGCAAGAUCUGUCGGGCUCGGUGGAGCUAUUAUCCUGUCCUCGACGAUGCCAAGAGCGCAGACGAACUUGCGUUCCCAAAGUAUGCCGACGUCUGUGAGGUUGAGGAGAUCAAUGACGAGUGGUGGCAUGGCGUCUAUGCUGGCGAUACUGGACUCUUCCCCGCCAUCUUCCUCUUCAUAUACCCCAUCAAGUCUCUCCUGCCUGUCGAAGUUGAGGAGGCGGAGAUGACCCAGACAGGUCUCAAACAUGAUCGGUCCUUCAUCCUGAUCAAGGAUACCGAGGCACACCCUAGCGAACAUCUCACCAUCAAGACGCUGUCGACGCUCUGCUUGUUCCAGCCCUCCAUCGACUCCACCCCGACGUCAGGACCGUUUCCAACACUGAGAGUCACACAUACGCUUAGUGGCUCAGAGAUCAGAUUCCCUUUAACACCCGAUCCACAGACUCUGCGAGAUGGCAAAGAGUCUACCGUGGAGAUCUUCGGCACAAGGGGAACAGGGGUUGAUUUGGGAGACGACAUUGCAGCUUGGUUCUCCAAACACCUGGAACAGAAAGCCAGGCUGCUCUAUAUCGGUGGAGGCGUCGAUGAUGGCACCGGCACAGCGACUGGGAUGAGGGAGAUCGUCGCACCGAAGCUGAUUCCGCGUAAGCCAAGACAACGGACGGGCUUCCUAUCAUGGUUCAGGGGUACCGAGGACGACCAAGACGAGCUACACGUGCAGAAGAUCCAAUUCGCGGACGCGGCGCCUCUGUUGAUCACGACGGUCGCGUCGGAAGAGGAUGCGAAGUCACGGGUCCCUGUGGGCGUGGGUGCAGAGGAAGGAGAUGGCCCUGACGGCGACGACGACGAUCACGACGUGAUCCUCCGCUUCCGCUCGAAUAUCCACAUUGACAACACUGAGCCCAUGAGGACGGACCACCGCGUCAGUGGUGACGGAAAGGAAGCGCACUUGUGGUCAGCACCCUACGCAGAGGAGCAGUGGAAGACACUCCACAUCAUGUCCAGUUCUCGCGACGAGGAUUCGACGCCAUCGCCGCCGCCCCCGCUCAGACUCGACCUCGUUUUCAAUACCGUCCGGUGCCAGUCCCUCAAUGUCGACUUCCGCACUGGCGGGCUCGUCGCGCCGCAGAGACAGCUCUACAAGCUCCUUGCCAAAGACCGGCGGGUGAACCCGGCGUUUCCUUACAGGGCGUGCUUUGGGCGGUAUGCGUUUGCAGAACCCUUCGGUAGGAUAGUCAGAGUCGGAGACCGUGUGGAGAUCAUGGAAUGGAUUGAGAAGUGA